GCAACAACAGUGCUUCACGACAGUCAUUUAACGUAUUACGGUGGCCGGUGUCGUAUAUUUUGCAGAAUCACCAUGGCGUUGAAAGAGACUGCGGGGCUGUAUGAGACACUCAAAGCAGAGUGGAACAAGAAAACCCCAAACCUGAGUAAAUGUGGAGAACUUCUGAGCAAACUUAAGGUUUCAUUACUGGAGCUGAACUUCUUACCUACCAGUGGGUCCGCGCUCACCAAGCAGCAGCUCAUUUUAGCUCGUGAUGUCCUUGAAAUUGGAGCCUUGUGGAGUAUCCUCAAGAAGGACAUCCCGUCCUUUGAAAGAUACAUGGCCCAGCUAAAAUGUUACUACUUUGAUUACAAGGAAGAACUGCCUGAAGCUGCCUACAUGCACCAGUUACUUGGACUCAACCUGCUCUUCCUGCUCUCACAGAACCGCGUGUCUGAGUUUCACACAGAACUGGAGAGACUGAGCGCACGAGAUAUUCAGACCAACGUAUACAUCAGACACCCGGUGUCCCUAGAGCAGUACUUGAUGGAGGGAAGCUACAACAAGGUAUUUCUCGCCAAAGGCAACAUUCCUGCUGAGAGCUACAACUUUUUUAUAGAUAUUCUGCUCGACACAAUUCGUGAUGAGAUCGCAGGCUGCAUAGAGAAAGCAUAUGAGCAGAUCCAGUUCAGUGAAGCCACCCGUGUGCUUUUCUUCAGUUCCCCAAAAAAGAUGACAGAGUAUGCCAAGAAGAGGGGAUGGAGUCUGAGCCCAGAUGGCUAUUACUCUUUUACCACUCAGCAGCAGCGGACAGAAGAGGUGACCAUCCCUUCCACGGAGCUGGCUCAACAGGUCAUCGAAUAUGCACGACAGCUGGAAAUGAUUGUGUAACGCGCCCCCCCCCCCCAGGAACACACUCCGACACACACGCCGCUGACCCAGCGUACACCCAGUCAGCUCAAAUGCAGUUCCUCUGAGGAAUAUGACUUUAUUGAUAACCAGAGUGGUUGAUUUAUUGCCCAUACCUCAGAAAUCAAUCCACAUGUAUUUUUUUCCUGUAUUCCACUUAUCUGCAAGUCUUCCUGUCUGGAAGUUUGCUUUUAAUUUAAAGAUGGGGAACGAUACUAAAAAAAUAUCACAGGUCACCAUUCAGCAAUUGCUACA